UCCACUCCACGGCCCUCCUGCCCUUAUAAUCGGACCCGCCGCUUUCUGGACAUCAUCACUGUCUCCAUCUACGCCAGCACUCUACCACUACCGUCUUCACUGCCAUCUAUCCACUAGUGGCCACUAGCGUCUACCCCAGAUUGCCACCCGUCUUGACCUCGUGACUGCAUUCCGCCCGUCACCUCCAGGACCGACACCACGUCUCCCACCACGACGUCGCCAUCAUCCGCAACGUUUCCCGGCAGCACACCCCGAAAACAAAUAUACCUCGACAUCACUUGAAAACACUACCAUGUGCGUCGCCGAACUCUGCGUCACGGUCCUCCCGUGCCAGCACCGCUGGUACCACCUGGUUCGCCCUUGCAGCCCCUCCAGCAACCUCUCCACAUGCGGCAAGAAGUUGGGAAUCUCCGGAUGGGAAGUCAAGUGCGACCACUGCCCCUACUGCCACGGCCACGUCUCCGAGUUUGAGUACAAGCUCAUCGGCGACGGACCAGCGCCGCCAGUCGGAUCUCUCUCAGGCCUCGCACGCGCACACUCGACGUCUCUGAACGCAGCCCGCCGGGACAUCCGCCUCGACAACAUCACCCGAACCGACAGUGCUACCAGCGUAGGCAGCAAGAGCAGCUUGGUCACAGCCGCCUCUGAGAAGAACCGCGCAAUGAACUCUCGACUCGACGCCUACUUCUUCCCCUCGGCUGACCAGCCCUACCCUGCUGUACGAGAAGACGACGCCGAGAGCAGCAGCGCGACCAGCCCAAGCGACACAUCAAGCAACGACCGCGCAAGCAUGCGACACUCGUCCAUCUCCAUGUCGGCUGAGCCCUACAAAGCCAAUAUGCUCUCGCGUGUCCGGCAACGCACCAAGCGCAUCUCCACCAUCUUCAGAUGAAGGGACCGUCGGCAUUGCGCUUUCCUUAGCCACGUCAGUACCUACACAACCCACUUCUCAACUCUUCGUAGUUCGCAUCGCGUCCGAGUC